AUGUUCCCAUAUAAGAUCCAGCUUGUGCAAGAAUUAAAGCCGACAGACUACGCGCAACGGAUGGAUUAUGUCAUUUCGUUGCUUGAAAAACAAGACCAGAGUACCGAUUUCAUCCACAAUUUGAUAAUGAGCGAUGAAGCUCAUUUCGAAUUAAAUGGUUUUGUUAACAAGCAAAACUGCAGGAUAUGGGCUACGGAGAAUCCAAGAGCAGUUCAUCAGCAACAAUUACACCCACUCAAGUGUACUGUUUGGUGCGGUAUAUCGUCCGAAAGGAUCAUUGGCCCAUAUUUUUUCGAAAAUGAAGCCGGUAAUGCAAUUACCAUCAAUGCUGCUCAAUAUCGGGCAAUGUUGGAAAACUUUUUGAGGCCAGCGGUGGAAAACCAUCCCCAACUGUGGUUCCAACAAGGUGGAGCCACAGCGCAUACUGCAAGGGAAACAAUGGCUUUGUUACGAGACAUCUUUGGCGAACGCAUUAUUUCGCGCAAUAGUGACUUUAACUGGCCACCGCGUUCACCGGACUUAAGCGCUCCCGACUGUUUUCUUUGGGGGUAUUUGAAAGAGCGAGUAUACGUCAAUAAGCCAGCGACCAUCCCCCAACUGAAAACCAAUAUUCGCAAUGAAAUCCGUGUAAUAACACCUGAAAUUUUGCGAAAAGUCAUGGAAAAUGUGUUGGAAAGAGCACGAAUGUGUCAAGCAGAAAAUGGCCGCCAUUUGCGAGAUGUAAUCUUUCGCGUCUAG